AUGGAGGAUGUCCCGUCGUUCGUGUUCGAUUUCUUCAUGGAGAGACAUAUUGUACUGAAGGAAGAGUGGCUUUCGAAUGUUCUAAUGUACCUGUUUUCCUUCUUUGAAGCGGAGAUGGGAGAAUCUGCUCCUGAAAACCCAAAGAACAUAGCCAGUUUGGUGUACGAACAGUGGAAAUACACGGAUAUAAGCGAAACUACUUAUCCUUUACUGAAGCAGCUUGCCAUCGAUGGGAAUACUCAUAAGGCUUAUGUCGUUUCUGUUGUUGACAUUGGUGCAUCGUUCUACUCGCAGUUUUGUGCUCUUGUACACGAAUUCGUCGAUAACACUGGAUUUGAACCGUUGCCUGAAAUGGAGCAUGGACCUGGCCUAGAGAAUCUGGAAGCUGUACAUAAGCCUAGACGUAUGCUUUCGUUCACAGUUAGUGAUGGCGAGACAAUCCUUAGAGCAAUCGAGUAUCAUUCGAUAAGAAGCCUUUCUCUUCUUACAAAACCUGGGUGUAAGAUUCUCCUAAUCCCUCCCAUUUUGUGCAGAAAGGGAGUGUUUUUCCUCAAACCAACGAACGUUCAGCUCCUAGGUGGAGACGUUGAGUCGUUCUUCACGAGUUGUCGUCCACUCCAAGUGAUGUCUGAAAGGUUGAAUGUACCUAUUCCGACCUCGAAGAAACAAUCAGUUAAAACUCAAACCGAAGCUUUCGGGUCGGAAAGAGACACAGGAAGUGGUGUAAAAGGAAAAAAACACAAUAGGCAAGUAAAUGUUCACAAACCAACUAAAGUUUUCGAUAAGCUUCCAACGUUAUGUUAUGGUGGAUACGAUGAUCUCCGUGAAGAUUCUUCGGUAACCUCUGGGUCUUCUCACACAUCGGCGCGUGCUUUACGAGCUCCCUGGAAGCCAGUUGCACAGGUAUCACCGAUGCAUACCACAGAGGGAAAUGCAAAAGGUGUUCAGAAUCGCCAGCUCCCGAUUCCAGUAGAGGAUAGCCCACCGGAUUUUGAUGCAGAACUUAGUCGACUGCAGACGACCAUGAGUUAUUCAUCACCGUAUGACAUAUCUCAUAGUGACAACAAUCUUAAAAGACGUUCGUUGGAUAGAAGAGCUGAAAGAAUUCAAGGUCUGAUAAUCAAAUUAAUCGGUCACUUUGGCUCGGAGAUCAUUGUUGCAUGUCCUUCUCUUGAUGUACGGAAACUAAUCUUCCUCAAAGAACUUCUCGAGUUCCCACUUUAA